AUGACAGUGCACGGUCUGUGGCCCUGGGGAGCAUGCCUGCUUGUGAUCUUCCUCUCCUUGGGAUUUGGCCUGGACACACUAGAGGUGUGCCCCAGCCUGGACAUCCGCUCCGAGGUGGCGGAGCUGCGUCGACUGGAGAACUGCAGUGUGGUGGAGGGCCAUCUGCAGAUUCUGCUCAUGUUCACAGCCACCGGGGAGGACUUCCGUGGCCUCAGCUUCCCACGCCUCACCCAGGUCACCGACUACCUGCUGCUCUUCCGCGUCUAUGGCCUUGAGAGCCUGCGUGACCUCUUCCCCAACCUGGCGGUCAUCCGCGGUGCCCGCCUCUUCCUGGGCUACGCACUGGUCAUCUACGAGAUGCCGCACCUGCGGGAUGUGGGGCUGCCAGCACUGGGGGCUGUGCUGCGUGGGGCCGUGCGUGUGGAGAAAAACCAGGAGCUUUGCCACCUCUCCACCAUUGACUGGGGCCUGCUGCAGCCAGCGCCUGGUGCCAACCACAUUGUGGGCAACAAGCUGGGUGAGGAGUGUGCCGACGUGUGCCCCGGUGUGCUGGGUGCCGCCGGGGAGCCCUGCGCCAGGACCACCUUCAGCGGGCACACCGACUACAGGUGCUGGACCUCCAGCCACUGCCAGAGAGUGUGUCCCUGCCCCCACGGUCUGGCCUGCACAGUGAGAGGCGAGUGCUGCCAUGCCGAAUGCCUGGGGGGCUGCAGCCGACCAGAAGACCCACGUGCCUGUGUCGCCUGCCGCCAUCUCUACUUCCAGGGAGGCUGCCUCCGGGCCUGCCCUCCAGGCACCUAUCAGCACGAGUCCUGGCGCUGUGUCACAGCCGAGCGUUGUGCCAGCCUGCGCUCUGUGCCCGGCCGCGCCUCCACCUUCGGCAUCCACCAGGGCAGAUGCCUGGCCCAGUGCCCUCCCGGCUUCACCCGUAAUGGCAGCAGCAUAUUCUGCCACAAGUGCGAGGGGCUGUGCCCCAAGGAGUGCAAGGUAGGCACCAAGACCAUUGACUCCAUCCAGGCGGCACAGGACCUGGUGGGCUGCACCCACGUGGAGGGGAGCCUCAUCCUCAACCUUCGACAGGGCUACAACCUGGAGCCGGAGCUGCAGCACAGCCUGGGGCUGGUGGAGACCAUCACUGGCUUCCUCAAAAUCAAGCACUCCUUUGCUCUCGUGUCCCUGGGCUUUUUCAAGAACCUCAAGCUAAUCCGGGGGGACACAAUGGUGGAUGGGGUGGCCGAGGGGCUCGCCAUUCCGGUGGGCAAGAUCUACUUCGCCUUCAACCCGCGCCUCUGCCUGGAGCGCAUCUACCGCCUGGAGGAGGUGACCGGCACGCGAGGCCGGCAGAACAAGGCUGAGAUCAACCCCCGCACCAACGGAGACCGCGCCGCCUGCCAGACUCGCACCCUGCGCUUCGUGUCCAACGUGACGGAGGCCGACCGCAUCCUGCUGCGCUGGGAGCGCUACGAGCCGCUGGAGGCCCGCGACCUGCUCAGCUUCAUUGUAUACUACAAGGAGUCCCCAUUUCAGAAUGCCACAGAGCAUGUGGGUCCUGAUGCCUGUGGAACCCAGAGCUGGAACCUGCUGGAUGUGGAGCUGCCCCUGAGCCGAACCCAGGAGCCGGGGGUGACCCUAGCCUCCCUCAAGCCCUGGACGCAGUACGCAGUGUUUGUGCGGGCCAUCACGCUGACCACUGCCGAGGACAGCCCCCAUCAGGGAGCCCAGAGCCCCAUCGUCUACCUCCGAACCCUGCCUGCAGCGCCCACGGUGCCCCAAGACGUCAUCUCCACGUCCAACUCUUCUUCCCACCUCCUGGUUCGCUGGAAGCCGCCGACGCAGCGCAACGGAAACAUCACCUACUACCUGGUGCUGUGGCAGCGGCUGGCGGAGGACGGCGACCUCUACCUCAACGACUACUGCCACCGCGGCUUGCGGCUGCCCACGAGCAGCAGUGACCCCCGCUUCGACCACGAAGACGAGGACCUCGAGGCCGCGAUGGAGUCCGGGUGCUGCCCUUGCCAGCACCCGCCUCCUGGGCGCGUCCUGCCCCCGCUGGAGGCUCAAGAGGCCUCGUUCCAGAAGAAGUUUGAAAACUUUCUACACAACGCCAUCACCAUCCCCAAAUCCCCUUGGAAGGUGACAUCCAUCAACAAGAGCCCCCAAAGGGACUCAGGGCGGCACCGCAGGGCCGCCGGCCCCCUCCGGCUAGGGGGCAACAGCUCGGAUUUCGAGAUCCGGGAGGACAAGGUGCCCCGGGAGCGAGCGGUGCUGAGCGGCCUGCGCCACUUCACGGAAUACCGGAUCGACAUCCAUGCCUGCAACCACGCGGCGCACACCGUGGGCUGCAGCGCCGCCACCUUCGUCUUUGCGCGCACCAUGCCCCACAGAGAGGCCGAUGGUAUUCCAGGAAAGGUGGCCUGGGAGGCAGCCAGCAAGAGCAGCGUCCUCCUGCGCUGGCUUGAACCCUCAGACCCCAACGGGCUCAUCCUGAAGUAUGAAAUCAAGUACCGCCGCUUGGGAGAGGAGGCCACAGUGCUGUGUGUGUCCCGUCUUCGAUAUGCCAAGUUUGGGGGGGUCCACCUGGCCCUGCUGCCUCCUGGAAACUAUUCUGCCAGGGUUCGGGCAACCUCACUGGCUGGCAAUGGCUCCUGGACAGACAGUGUUGCCUUCUACAUCCCCGGCCCAGAGGAGGAGGACACUGGAGGGCUGCAUGUCCUCCUCACUGCCACCCCCGUGGCACUCAUGCUGCUCAUCAUUCUUGCUGCCCUCGGUUUCUUCUAUGGCAAGAAGAGAAACAGCACCCUGUAUGCUUCUGUGAAUCCGGAAUACUUCAGCGCCUCUGACAUGUACAUCCCCGAUGAGUGGGAGGUGCCUCGGGAGCAGAUCUCCAUAAUCCGGGAACUGGGCCAGGGCUCUUUCGGGAUGGUAUAUGAGGGGCUGGCACGAGGACUUGAGGCUGGAGAGGAGUCCACGCCUGUGGCCCUGAAGACAGUGAAUGAGCUGGCCAGCCCACGGGAACGCAUUGAGUUCCUCAAAGAAGCUUCUGUCAUGAAGGCAUUCAAGUGUCACCAUGUGGUUCGUCUCCUGGGUGUGGUGUCUCAGGGCCAGCCAACUCUGGUCAUCAUGGAAUUAAUGACCCGUGGAGACCUCAAGAGCCAUCUUCGAUCUUUGCGGCCUGAGGCAGAGAACAACCCUGGGCUCCCACGGCCAGCACUGGGGGAUAUGAUCCAGAUGGCUGGCGAAAUUGCAGAUGGCAUGGCCUACCUUGCCGCCAACAAGUUUGUGCACCGAGACCUGGCAGCCCGAAACUGCAUGGUGUCCCAGGACUUCACUGUCAAGAUUGGGGACUUUGGGAUGACCCGGGACGUGUACGAGACAGACUAUUACCGAAAGGGCGGGAAGGGGCUACUGCCUGUGCGCUGGAUGGCCCCCGAGUCCCUCAAAGACGGAAUCUUCACCACCCACUCGGAUGUCUGGUCCUUCGGCGUGGUGCUCUGGGAGAUUGCAACCCUGGCUGAACAGCCCUACCAGGGCCUGUCCAACGAGCAGGUGCUCAAGUUUGUCAUGGAUGGCGGUAUCCUGGAGGAGCUGGAGGGCUGUCCUCCUCAGCUGCAGGAACUGAUGAGCCGCUGCUGGCAGCAGAAUCCGCGCCUGCGCCCAACGUUCACCCACAUCCUGGACAGCAUACGGGGGGAGCUGCGGCCUUCCUUCCGCCUUCUUUCCUUCUACUGCAGCCCAGAGCGUCGGGGGGGCCGGGGCUCCCUGCCACCCCCUGAGGCAGAGCCCGAUGCCUCACCAACUCCAAGAAGGGCUUCCUCAGUCUGCAGCCCUCAAAACGGGGGUCCAGGGCACUGA